CGUACAGGAAGAGGGCUUCAGAGAUCGGAGAUAUACAAUUGAAGGCCACCUCUGAAACUUUUUCUCCAAAAAUGGUUGUGGAUUUUGUCGCUGGUCUAAUCGGAGGUGCUGCUGGGGUUCUUGUUGGUCACCCGUUUGAUACUGUCAAAGUCCAUUUGCAAACCGAUGACCCUCGUAACCCUAAAUAUAAAGGCACAUUCCACUGCUUCCGGACAAUAUUGCAAAAAGACAGCUUUCGAGGAUUAUACCGUGGAAUUUCCAGUCCAAUGGGAGGAAUCGGAUUGGUGAACGCAAUCGUUUUCGGGGUAUACGGAAAUGUGCAACGUUUAUCCAAUGACCCCAAUUCGCUUACAUCUCACUUUUACGCUGGUUCUAUCGCCGGCGUAGCCCAGAGCUUCGUUUGCGCGCCCAUGGAGUUGGCCAAAACGAGACUCCAGUUGUCUACACAGAUUGACAGCGGUAUAAAAUUCACUGGACCCAUCCACUGCCUUAAAUAUAUUUUAAAAACCGAGGGUAUCAAAGGAGCGUUCAAGGGACUUACAGCCACCAUUUUAAGGGAUAUUCCUGGAUUUGCCAGUUACUUUGUCUCCUUUGAGUUUCUCAUGCGACAAGUGGAAACUCCAAGCAUCUUCUACACAUUAAUGGCCGGUGGAUGUGCGGGUAUGUCUUCCUGGAUUGCGUGCUAUCCCAUUGACGUAGUGAAAACCCACAUGCAAGCAGAUGCCCUGGGGUCGAAGGCAAAGUACAAUGGAUUCAUCGACUGUGCAAUAAAGGGCUUGAAAAACGAAGGACCACAAUUUUUUUUCCGCGGCUUAAACUCGACUUUAAUUAGAGCAUUUCCAAUGAACGCCGCCUGCUUCGUGGUGGUAACCUUUAUCCUUGACUUUUUUAACGCCAAGACUGGUAUGGAUUCCGUAAUGCACUCCGAUCAGCCACUAACUCUUAUGAACUUGGACAAUAAGUCACAAGCGGAUUUAGACUCGACCACACCUACAGUUGAGGAAGUGGUGCGGAAAAUAAUCACAGACAAUACAAUAUCUCAUCGGUAUGUGCCCACACCUCAGGACGUCGUGCAGAGCCACUGUAAAAGUACAAUCAACAUUCCCAAAGAAUCGAAAACCCGCCUAGCAUCUGAUUGUAAUUUAAAAUAAACUUCAAAUUUGUUAGUAACUGUAAAAA